UAUAAUUUUUGCUUGUUUCAGAUGCUCGUCCGAAAAGUUCCAGUGAUAUUCGUGUUCUUGGUGUCCAUCUUCAUUACAGUCGUAAAUGCCGACAUGGAAUCGAUCAAGCGGAUACCAAGUCAUUCCUUCAAGCAAAUGAUGAGAUAUGGGCGGUCAAGUGCCAACAAUGAAAAAAUUAAUGUUAAUCCUCGAGCGGACUUGUUUUACCUCGGCCCAAGGUAUGGAAAACGAGCUGGGCCAACUUUAGCGAAACUGGACACUGUCUACGAUAGCACUUUCAUGCCUUGUACAUACACGGGAGUUGCGGAUCUUUAUAGAUGCGAUACUUCCAGGUCAACUAUGAGGGAAGAUCGACGAAAAUAAGAAGUUUCACGAAUGUAACGCAGCAUUAGAGUGUCGAGAGUCACCGCAAGGCUGGAGUGGCUAUCGAUACCAACCACUUUAUAUCUUCCUUCAUAUUCUGCAAUUUUUAUGUGUAGUUCUAAUAAAACUAACUAAAUAUGUAUGUGCGUUAAUAGUAAGUAAUAUAAUCUUUCAAUAAUGGCA